AUGUCAACCGAAAGCGAAAUGCUACAAAAUCUUCCUUACUAUUAUUUGUUGAAAAUUGGUAUUGUUUUCGGAUAUUCUAAAAUAGUCAAACUUGUCAAUAUUCUUGGCAUAAUAAUUAAUUCAUCCACUAUAUUAUUACAAGUAUAUUACAUAAAACAGAAUUUUAGUAAAGAGCUAAUUUUAAAAUACGGAUGUGGAAUAUUAUUGACAAUUUAUACAAUAGCAUCACUGUUGAUUGAAUUUCUGAUUGAAAAAGACGUAAAAAAAUUGCUUAAUGAAGCAACUCGUUUAAUGUGGGCAAUAGAUUUUUGUGGUUCAAAAGUCGAAAAAUUAAUCCUCAAACGUGUUACAGUUAUAAAUAAUAUUAUUUAUUUUAUGUCUGCAUGGUUUGUCGUCAUGGGUAUUAUCAUGCUUCCGAUMUGGGGAGAUCACAGUGAAUGGUUUUUAUGUGAUGUGAUUUUUAACGAAAAUUUCGAGACUAAGGGGAAAAUUCUUUAUUACCUCUCCAGCUGCAUCAGCUUUCCAUUAGUUGCAUUCUCAAGUAUGCGAUUACCGGGGAUUUUAUUAUGCACAAUUUUACAAACACAUAUGCAAAUCAUUUUAAUUAAUCAAAAACUUGUUCAAAUUUCUGAAGACGUAGGCAGUUUAGACAACAUAAGGAUAGUGGAAGAUAAAUCUUAUCAGAAAAAAAUUUAUAAAGACUUGCGUUUGUGUAUUUCACACCAUGUCGAGAUAAAGAGAUGGCUUAAAAAAAUUCUUAAACUAGUACAACCAAUAUUUCCGGUGUAUGUUAUCUUGGGAUCUUUAAAUUUUAUAUCACUCUUGUUUUUCGCAGUCUAUGGUUUGCAUAAUACUAGUUAUCUCCUCAAAGCUCGUGGGUGUGUCGUUUUAAUUAUUUGUUGCUUUGUUUUAUGCAUGUAUGCUAAAGCUGGCCAAGCACUGAGUGAUGAAACAAGUCGUGUUUUUGAUACGUUGAUGACUUGUCCCUGGUAUCUGUGGGAUCAAAAAAAUAAAAAAGCUUUAACAAUUUUUCUUUCCAACUCUUUUCAACCUGCUACUAUAACAAUAGCUGGCAUGACCUUAAAUUACGAUUUUGCUGUUGAUUUGCUGAAAACUAGUACUUCGUAUGCUCUUGUGCUUUACAACAUGAAAAAUUAA